GGGUGCUUCAUGUUGGUCACAAAGCAAAUGACAGGAUGGAAAUUCUUAGGAGUGGUCUGUUAAAAGUUAUCUUGCUCAGAGUGUCAGCCCCUGAAGGAGAUUGGGAACAAAUAGUUUCCAUCAGGGAACAAAUGUAUUUCCAUGAGGUAUUCACAUUCUUCAGCCUGACUGCAAAGAAACUUACUUCCUUAACAGUAAUAGGGGUUGGUUCCUAGGCAGCAAAGGUAGGGCCUGGAGGAAAGGUUACAUUGAGCUCUUAUAGUUAGCUCAGUCAUUUUACAAAUAGGUCAGUGUCUCUGUUUUGAUUUUAUCCCUUAUCAACCCCAAGGGGAACAGGAAGAAAUUGAAGGCUCUUAAGAGGGAAAUCGGCAAGAUCUGAUUUAUAUUUUUGAUCAUCGUUUUGGCUACUGUGUGAAAAAUAAUGAAUAGAUGAUGGCGUGCCAUUUAAGUAUUCCUCUUCUUCCCAUCUUCUGGGAAAAUGGGCUCAAACAAUUGCUGGACAAACCAGAGUUCAGGAAGACUUCAAACCCGUGUCACAAAGCUGGAUUCAGGGUUCCACUCAAGGCACCCGGAACUUCUGUCGUUCCCGUUUCUCCACAGCAGAUGGCCCCACAGCCCAAUUCCUGACCUGCCUCUGAUAAUCCACCCCGUUGCAGUGGGCGCCGGGCGCCACCAGGCGACUUCUGGCGACCAUCUCUGCGCGAGAUAGGCUGCUCGCGGCCAAGCGGUCCUCUGUUAGCGCUGAAGUUGGGGAGCUGCGGAGAGCUGCUGGGCCAUCGCGCCCCGGCUUCGGCUGAACCCCGGGCUGGCCAGUGUUCCCUCCGACUCUCAGCAGAGGUGUCUUAGGGCAGGAGGAGCUAUAGUUCUGCAGGACACCAGUUCGCCUGGGAACUGUCCGCUCUGGGACUGCUCUGGGUUAGGUCCAGCGGAGACUUUCUGGAGAGAAAGUCCGCGCGGGUGGGUCCCAGGCAGGCAGCGCUUUUAGGGGCUACCCACCCAAAAAGGUGGGCCUUUGGGUUUCGUGAGGAGGAAAGGAAGGGCAGUCUAAACUAGGCUUUGGAGGGAACUGAGGGGAGGAGCACGUGGGGCAAGAAGGGGUAGCGAUUGGAAAGUAGGUAACGUUGCAAAGCAGUAGGCGACAGCCUAGACCGGUGUCAGGGGUCAGGGAACACACGGAGCGGGCGCGGGCUGCGUGGCUCAAGGCAAGGGAAGUGAAGCAAGUAGCUUGUUUGGAUGGAGAGUUGCCUAGGGAAGCAGAGCACUUAAGAGCCUCUUCUUCCCCCUCUCCAGCCUCCUCUUUUGUGGUGAGGUCACAGCCCCUACAAGAGCCCUCCCUUCUUUUGCCCCUCCCGUUUCCCAUCUCCUUCAGCCGAGGGGGAACCGGAGGCGCUCUAGGCUGGGAAUGAGGCAGUAGUGGAGGAUGAAGAAGUAGCCUGGGGGUCCGGGGAAAAUGAGGCAGAAGUCCCUGCUGCAGCUGGUGCUGCUGCUCGCCCUGCCCAGGAACCUGGGGGGAAAGGAGUGUUCCCCUCCGCCCUGUGAGUGCCGCCAGGACGACGACUUCAGAGUCACCUGCAAGGAUAUUCACCGCAUCCCCAGCCUUCCGGCCAGUACGGAGACUCUGAAGUUUACAGAGACUCAUCUGGAAACCAUUCCCAGUCAUGCAUUUUCAAAUCUGCCCAAUAUUUCCAGGAUCUACUUAUCAAUAGACGCAACUCUGCAGCGACUGGAAUCACAUUCCUUCUACAAUAUGAGUAAAAUGACUCACAUAGAGAUCCGGAAUACCAGAAGCUUAACUUACAUAGACCCUGGUGCCCUAAAAGAGCUCCCCCUCCUGAAGUUCCUUGGAAUUUUCAACACUGGACUUAAAGUAUUUCCUGACUUGACCAAAAUUUAUUCCACUGAUGUAUUCUUUAUACUUGAAAUUACAGACAACCCUUACAUGACUUCAAUUCCUGUGAAUGCUUUUCAGGGGCUGUGCAAUGAAACCUUGACACUGAAACUAUACAACAAUGGCUUUACUUCUGUCCAAGGACAUGCUUUCAAUGGGACAAAGCUGGAUGCUGUUUACCUGAACAAGAAUAAACACCUGACGGUUAUUGACAAGGAUGCAUUUGGAGGAGUAUACAGUGGACCGACCUUGCUGGACAUCUCCUAUACCAGUGUUACAGACCUGCCAUCCAAAGGCCUAGAGAACUUGAAGGAACUGAUAGCAAGGAACACUUGGACGCUGAAGAAACUCCCACUUUCCUUGAGUUUCAUUCAUCUCACACGAGCUGACCUUUCUUAUCCAAGCCAUUGCUGUGCUUUUAAGAAUCAGAAGAAAAUCAGAGGAAUCCUUGAGUCCUUAAUGUGCAAUGAGAGCAGUAUUCGGAGCCUACGUCAGAGGAAAUCUGCGAAUGCCUUGAAUGGCCCCUUUUACCAGGAAUAUGAGGAGGAUCCAGAUGACAGCAGUGCUGGGUAUAAUGUAAACUCCAAGUUCCAGGAUACCCCCAGCAACUCUCAUUAUUAUGUGUUCUUUGAAGAACAAGAGGAUGAGAUCAUUGGUUUUGGGCAGGAGCUCAAAAACCCCCAGGAAGAGGCCCUACUGGCCUUUGACAGCCACUACGACUACACUGUGUGUGGGGACAAUGAGGAGAUAAUGUGCACCCCCAAGUCAGAUGAGUUCAACCCCUGUGAGGACAUAAUGGGCUACAAGUUCCUGAGAAUUGUGGUGUGGUUUGUGAGUCUACUGGCUCUUUUGGGCAAUGUCUUUGUCCUGUUUGUCCUCCUCACUAGCCACUACAAACUGACUGUUCCACGGUUUCUGAUGUGCAACUUGGCCUUUGCAGACUUCUGUAUGGGGAUGUACCUGCUCCUUAUUGCCUCUGUAGACCUCUACACUCACUCUGAGUACUACAACCAUGCCAUCGACUGGCAGACAGGCCCUGGGUGCAACACAGCUGGUUUUUUUACUGUCUUUGCCAGUGAGUUGUCAGUGUACACACUGACGGUCAUCACCUUGGAACGCUGGUAUGCCAUCACCUUCGCCAUGCGCCUGGACCGGAAGAUUCGCCUCAGGCACGCAUGCGCCGUCAUGGUUGCAGGCUGGGUUUGCUGCUUCCUGCUCGCCCUGCUCCCUUUGGUGGGAAUAAGUAGUUAUGCCAAGGUCAGUAUCUGCCUGCCCAUGGACACCGACACCCCUCUUGCUCUGGCCUACAUUGUCCUUGUUCUGGUGCUCAACAUAGUCGCCUUCAUCAUCGUAUGCUCCUGUUACGUGAAGAUCUACAUUACAGUCCGAAACCCCCAGUACAACCCAGGGGACAAAGACACCAAGAUUGCCAAGAGGAUGGCUGUGUUGAUCUUCACUGACUUCAUGUGCAUGGCCCCGAUCUCAUUCUAUGCUUUGUCAGCACUUAUGAACAAGCCUCUCAUCACCGUUACCAACUCCAAAAUCUUACUGGUUCUCUUCUAUCCUCUUAACUCCUGUGCCAAUCCAUUCCUCUAUGCUAUUUUCACCAAGGCCUUCCAGAGGGAUGUUUUCAUCCUGCUCAACAAGUUUGGCAUCUGUAAACACCAGGCUCAAGCAUACAGGAGCCAGGGAGUUUCUCUAAAGAACAGCACUGGCAUUCAGAUCCACAGGGUUACCCGAGACAUGAGACAAAGUCUUCCCAACAUGCCAGGUGACUAUGAACUGAUUGAAAACUCCUAUCUAGCCCCAAAUAAGCAGGGCCAAAUCCCAGAAGAGUAUAAGCAAACAGUUUUGUAGGCUGGCUCUACACUAUUUGCAGUGGUAGGGGGACUUAACAAAAGGCUGGUUCCUGAAAGGUACAUUCCAACCCCAUGACACAUACAAUGCAGAGCCAAACUAAUCUAACCCUGUGCAGGUGAUAUUUCAGGGGGCAAGAGUUCAUCUCUGGAGAGUGACUUGUGUUAACCAAAUCAUCACCUUGGAGAAGGAAGAGAUUCUACCAACAUGUCUGAAACCCAGGUGAUAUCAAAAUUAUCAAUCCUCUGGAACCAAGGCUUUGAACCACUUUGUUCUGGUUUGAACCCCGGCUGAGAAUUUGCAUUUUUAACAAGUUCUCAGAUGACACUGGCUAGGGGUCAGUUCUGAGAACCACUAGUAAACCAGUAGUUCUCAAAGUUUAUUAUACAUAAGAGUCACCUGGGGAUCUUGUUAAAAUGUAGAUUCUUAUUCAGUUUAUCUGGGGAGGAAAUACAAAUUCUCAGGAGGGGUUCAAAUGAGAAUGAAUUGAUUCAAGGCCCUGUCUGGAAGGUUUCCUUGAUGACUAAUCUAGAUAUGACAUUGCAUAAGAUGCUCAGUAAGUAUCAGCUGAGUGAUAUCAACAACGAGCUGCUCAGUUUCAUAUAGCAUUUAGCCAAUGGCAAAUGCUAUUAAUUUGGUUCCUGACCACAAGAUAAAAUAGGCCCCAUAUAGGCUCAGUUCAACUUCAUGAUCCCUGGAACAACCAAAGAGAGUUUGAAUUGGCUUGAAACUGAAAAACCAAACAAUACAACUAGACUCCAUACAAGGAUUAGUAAUUAUGAAGGAGACGAAAGCCUUAGUUUUAAGUUGUUGCUUUGGUCUAAUUCUUUGAAACUUGUAAUCAUCUUUUCACAAGGAUCUACCCGAUGUGUCCCAGCUGUUAGGUGUUGCCUGGAAAAACAGGCAGGAUUUCAGCUUAUGUGGCCUAGCAGGGUAUUGCUCUUUUUUGAUAGACAUGAACUCUAGAAAGUAUUUCUAAGUAGCAACAAGUAUGAGUUGUGGGCGGAGGACACUAAAUCAUCAAUUGAUUAGUAAAGCAGGCUGGACACCAGUUAAGUGUGGAACCUUGGGCAAACCAAUCUAUAUCUGGGAUCCAGAAUUCUGUAGAAGUGAAGGGGUUCAAUGGCCUCUUCCAGUUUUAAUACUCUAUGCCUAUUCCUUUCCCUCAAAACACACACUUCCAUAACAAUGAGAAAGCAAAGCAUUAAGGGAACAGAAUGUGUUUUCCAUCCUGUAGGGCUGCUGUCUUCUUCUCUUUGGAGCCUAGACAUAGGAUCCAGGAAAGUUUCCCUUUGUUUCAUUUUAGGUUAUAAUACCUGAGCCAAAAACCCUAUUGAGCGACCAGGUUGGGCGAGAUCUGAAUCACUCAUCUAAUACUCGAUCUACACAGCUCUAAUUAUCAGGCCAAAAACAGAAAUAAAAAGUAGUUGUUACUCAUAUAAUGGAGUAAAAGGUAGCUUUGCAAAUUUUUGGUUAGAGUUACUACGCCACUGUCCAGAGUCACUUCAAAACAUUUAACUUAUCUUUAAGGACUGGUUUCUUUACUUAGCCACUUCCAGCCCAUACUACUAUGCUAAAGCAGUUAAGAGUACUUUCUUCUCUGCUGCAACUUCCAGCCUUUUCAAGCCCUACUGAUCACUGGACAUGGAGCCUCUAUUCUCCAAAUUCUCCUUUACAUAAAACAGUCAAGGUCUGUAUCUAUAGAUGUACUCUCCAGGUUAUCUAUAAAGACAGCCCCUUAAUUUCCUGCUAGAAAAGAAUUCCCAUGUACUGCUUCUCAGUGAACCACACCAUGGAAAAGAAAGCCCUUUGUUGUCGUUUGAGUUGUGCAGCAGGGUUAGUGGGCCUGCCUCCCCUGGAAUCUCUCCAGAGCUGUACCCAUUCCCGGUUACCACCGGAACUUGUACAUGUUAAUAGAAAUAUUAUAAACACCUAAAAUCAUGACUUAGCCAAUGGUUCACCUGUGCCUAAUGAAUUUAAACAAACCUGUUACCUUGUGGCAUGUGUUUCUCACCUGUGACAUUUUCAAAUGUCUCAUCUUGAUAAAUAAUGUGCUUUUAUCUUGAGUAGCUGAACUAAUACUUUGGAAAACUGUCCUAGAAA